AUGUACGGACGACGAUACGUUCUGUGGCGUGGCCUUCUAGCCAUUGUCUCGGCCAGGGGGCUUUUCUGCCCGCAUUGCAAGUCCGUCGCUUUCAGGCCAGCUACCCCUCGCUUCUGGAGGGGGCGUUGGGGUGAGAGGGGCUGCGCGAAAAGUGGUGUCGCUGUCGCAUUGGAUGCACUGAGGUCUCGCUUAACCCGUCCACACGGUUGUGGAAGUCAAGCUAGCAGCCAGCACGAAGGCGACAGUGCAGGCAGCGCCGCGAAGCAGCCGGAGGCCCUGCCGAAGGUUCACACGGACUCGGCUGAUCAGUUUGGGCCUGCCAGCUUCGAGCCACCCGUGCGCCGCGCGGGAGCGGACCUCUCAAGGCAGGCGCCCGAGGAGAUUGCAGAGGAGGCCGCGCUACUGCUCGCGACCUCCUCUCUCUCCUCGGACCAGCAGCUCAGGUGGCGUGUGCUCUCCGCCGCGGUCCGCGAUGCCACUCCCGCUCCCGGAGAGACCAGCACAGGCCCACCGCCUCCGGAGGUGCUCUGGGCGCUUCGGGCGGCUCGAGAGGAGAGGGACGCGUUCGUGGCCAGCCUCGGCACCGCGCAGAGGGAGGAGGUGGGGCAGCUCCUCCGGCUGGAGAAGCGCGAGCGAAGGCUCCGCUCCGCGGCGAGGCACCAAGCGCAGGGCCCUCCCGACGCGGGGACCGGUCGGGCGCGAGCCGCGCCGGACGCCGCUGCAGCGAGGCGGAAGGAGGUCAUGACCAAGGCCUUCUGGCUUUUCCAACAGGACCGCCGCCGGGAGACCGGGAGCGUCUACGUCGACAGCACGGAUCGUGGAAACGGCUCCGAGCCCUGGGGGGCAGCAGCCCGGUGCUCCGCCAAUACCUCGAGCGGGCGGGCUGGGAGCGCUCGUGGCCCCCGCCAGAGCCGGAGGGGCGGCUGCUGCGCCGGGCGGGGCAGCAGGCAGCCUUGGCGAGAUACGCACGGCCCCCUCCUCGCGCGGACUCGCACAAACAUUCUUGCACACCUUCCCUCCUCGGAAGCGACGAAGCGUCGGCUGGUCAUCAGCUAG